UCUGGCUGAUGUAUUUGAAAAUUUUAGAGAUAUUUGUUUGAAAACUUUUAAUUUAGACGCCUCUUAUUAUUUGACAGCACCUGGUUUUGCGUUUGACGCAAUGUUAAGUUUUACUGGAGUUAAACUUGAGAGAUUAACAGAUUAUUUGAUGUUACUCAUGAUGGAGAAUGGAAUAAGAGGGGGGGUAUGCCAAUCUGUAAGACGCUAUGCCAGAGCUAAUCUACCAGAUGUUGAUGGGAUUAAUUAUAACAAAAAAAAACCACACAUUUAUUUGGCAUAUUUUGAUUGUGUAAAUUUAUACGGCAAAUCAAUGCUUGCAAGUUUACCAUACAAAAAUUUUGAAUGGUAUAAUGAUUUGACAUUAGACGUUACUACUAUAGAUGACGAUGCACCUAUUGGUUAUAUACUGGAAGUGGAUGUGGAUUACCCCGAAAAAUUACAUGAUAUUCAUAGCGAUUUACCUUUUUUGCCACACAAUAGUUGUCCACCUAAUUCUAAGAUUAUUAAACUGCUGACAACUUUAAAUAAUAAAUCAAAUUAUGUCGUUCAUUAUAGAUUGUUAAAGCAGGCAAUUCACAACGGAUUAAAAGUUGUAAAAGUUCAUAAAAUAAUUAAGUUUGAUCAAUCAAAAUGGUUAGCCCCUUAUGUUGAUAAAUGCACUAGUAUGAGGGUCUUGGCAAAAAACAAGUUUGAAUAUGAAUUUUGGAAAUUACUCGUGAAUAGUGUCUAUGGGAAAUGUAUGGAGAAUCCGCGUAAAAGAUUGGAUAUAAAGUUGGUAUCAGAUGAUCGAAAAGCUCAUAGGCUAAUGAGAAAACCUAAUUUCAUAGAUAGAACUAUAUAUAGCAAUGAGUUAAUGUCUUUACAUUUUCAAAAAGAAAAGAUUAAAUUUGAUAAACCAAUCUACGUGGGAUUUUCUAUUUUAGAUAUAUCGAAAACCUAUAUUUAUAAUUUCCAUUAUGACGUAAUGAAAAAUAAAUACGGAAAAAAAAUAUCACUAUUAUACACUGAUACCGAUUCAUUAAUAUAUCGUAUUAAAACAAAUAAUUAUUUUAAUGAUUUAAAAUUUGAUUUAUUGAGUCAUUUUGAUACUUCUAAUUUUCCAAUUAGUCACUUUUGUUACAGUGAUAAACAUAAGAACACCCCAGGAUAUUUUAAAGACGAAUUGAAGAGUGAAAUUAUGACGCAAUUUGUAACGCUAAGACCCAAAUUAUAUGCUUAUACAAUAUUUUAUCAAAGUUCAGUAUACAAAAUUCCUCACAUUUGGAUGCACAAAAUGGUGAAUCUAGUCAAAUUAAUGCAUACUGUGAUAUUAACUCAAUACAGGCAACAAAACAUAAUGUUUAUUCCAAAACAACCAGAAAAAUAGU